AUGAUGAACACAACUAAACAGGUCGUCUGGAGAAAGGACACAAUUCUUAUUCUCUCUCGUUCCAAGGGGAAAAAAACUCUCAGAAACUUCACCUCAGGCAGGAUGAGGGCUGACUCUCUUAUUCCUACAGAGCUGAUUAUAUCUAUUGUAGAGGUAACUGACGCCGGGACCUACAGCUGUACUGUCUCAGAUCGAAUGGGUGUUAAGACAAUGGAGUGGAAUUUGACUAUCACAGAUAACCUCAUAGGUAAUGAACGUGAUUUUCUGUUUAUACUGUAACAUCCAGAGAAUAAACUGUAUUCUGUAAUACUACAUGUAAAUAUGCACAUUUCUAAAGAAUUGUGACAUGAACAAAACUGCACAGAAAAAUUGUCAGUGUUCAUAUCCUGGUGUUAGCAGUUUUGGUGUUGAUAUGGUGUUACUUUGUGUUACUCUGAACGGACUGAAUGCUGGUGUUAAAAAAUAGCAGGGUGUCAAAUUGGCCAGUAUUACCUAAUGUAUGUUUUUCAGUGUAAUAUUUAGAGUGUUGAUUCAGGUGUUAGAUUAACACUCAUUGGUGUAAAGUGUUGGUGUUAAUAACAAUCACGUUUCAGGAGAAGACCCAGAUGCAGACAGUGUUGAAGUAACAAACGUUUAUUACAAAAACAGGGGGCAGGCAAACGACAGUAAUCCAGAUCAGAGUCCAAAAGGUAAAGAACGGCAGGCAGUGUCAGGGUCAGGACAGGCAGAAUGGUCAAAACCGGGAAAACAGGAAGUUGAAAAUGACAGGAGCAAGGGGAAAACCGCUGGUAGGCUUGUCGAAAACAAAACGAACUGGCAACAGAAAAACAGAGAACACAGGUAUAGAUACACUGGGGAUAAUGGGGAAGGUGAAAUCACAAAGAUAGGUGAAACAGAUCACGGUGUGACAAAUAACCAGUUUAACCAAAACCACACCCAUCAUUAUGAUAUUUCCCAGCAUACUCUAUUGCAGUUAGAUUUUUUGAAUGGUUUGUUUCACCAUCUAUGUUUUGCAUGUACAUUGAUAAAUUAAUGAAUCUUAUGCUUAUAUAAAUAACAUAUUUUAAUCCAAUCUGUUAUAUGGAUUUAUGGCUCCCUUUACUGAAAUGGUUGUUCCAGUUUAGAUGUUUAAGGUAGUCUCAGAUCUUACUCUUCUAAACCCAGCAGUCAUUCUCAACGCAGGUUGCAGGUGAAUAAAAUUCCAACUGUUGGCUAUCCCCACUCUGGCUGGAUUCCAAUAGGAAUUACACAUCACUUUGCACUUUGCAAGCCAGCAUAAUGUGACUUGCAGGCCUUUGUAUUAGGGAAAAACUUGGACCUCAAAAUAAAGUUCCAUGAAUGAUCUGUUGUAUUUUGUUAAACAAUUAGAUUUUAAUGAUAACAUUAAUUUAGGAUCUCAGUGAAGACCACAAGACUGAAAAUGAAUGAAAGCAACAACCAUGUCUCUGUCACUAACAAGUACAGUCAUGGGUGGUAACCCUACAUUUCACAUUGAACGGCAAGGCACUCUGGGAAAUAUGCAAAUAAGGCUUUACACUAAGCAGCAUGUUAAUUUAACACUGAAAAGUGUGGACCCUUAUAGGACCAGUGUUAAUUUAACACUACAGAAUUUGCUGUGAAGGUAUCAGUAAACACCAUAACAGUUUACCUUUAACACUGACCUAGUAUAAAAAUCUAAUUCUAAAGUGUUAAAUACAAGGUAGUAGGGAACACCAUAACAGUGUACCUUUAACACAGAGUUAGAGUAAAAUGUUACGUUGCAAAGUAUCAGUGUUAAAAGAGCAACACUUUGAAAAGUGUAAAUUCAACAUUUUCUGGUGGUUCUCAUAUAAACACUUCAAAAGUGUUAAAUUGAACAGCCACAAGGUUCAAUUUACCAACCAAAUGUUGUUAUGUGUACAUUAUUGUGAUAAUUAUUGCGAACAAUUAAUAUUGAACGUUAUUAUUUGGUUUUUCCCCCAGUUUACUAUAUUGUUGUAAAGCAAAGGAAUAUGACACUCGUUUUAGAUCUUUGAGACUUUCCUGAUAAUCCCCAUUUUUUGUGUCUGUUUGACUUAACACAGAUAAUGCUGAACAUGGCCUACAGAUGUUGUUGCUCUUCACAAUUCCGUCUGCUAUUGGAGGAGUGGCUCUGUGCAUUGGUAUCUGCUGUAUGGUCUGGCUGUAUAGGUGAGUAACUCAAAGUUGUGUAUCUAAGGGCUCAAUUCAAACAAACCUGCAUUGCCCAAAGCACUGUGGUUUCAUAUUGUAUUUAUAGUUCAGAAGGAGUUGUAUUUUCAACGAAGUAGGCCUACCUAGGCUGGGAUUCAAUCUGAUCAGUGGUAGAUCCACAUUAUAGCGCACUUGACAUUUAAAGGUAAUUUCCGAUUGAGCCGACAUAUGCAGCAUUUACUGUGAAUGCGGUCUCCACUAAUGCUGAAACAGUGCCUUUAAAAGGUGCAAAGCCGACAAAGCGUGAUUGGAUUGAAUCCCAGCCCUAAUACAUGUUAACUUGUUUCUGCAGGAAAAGAAAAAAGGAACAGACAAGUCAUUGUGAUAGGCGAGGAGAG